AUGGUGCGCGUCACGGAAGAGCUGGUGCUUACGCCAGACCAUGUCAAUCUUUACCAGGCCACCGAUCCCCUGCUCGGCCACCUUCCAGUUCUUAUCUUCCACGGGCCAUCAACGACGGCCAACUACACCUUCAACAGCUCCCGCGUCCAGGUGCACAUCUACAGCGUCGCCGGCUUCCAGUGCUUCCCGCGACUCACGAUCUCGCCCAACUCGCCCUUCUACCAAGUCGUCGAGCAUCUGCCGCGCGAGUUCCAGGUAGACGAGGUCUACCGGGCUUUGGCCUUUGCUCUUUCCAAAUACUUCCACGAACUACCAGAAUCCGUCAAGCACUAUGUCCGCCUACAAUAUCCCUCAACCCGUGGUCGUCGCCCAGGCUCCGGCCCGGAGCUCUUCUCAGAGCACCAUGCUGCCGAGAUUGCCAAGGCCAUGGUCAAAGCUGACAACACCGCAGAGGCCGUUCGCAAGGUCAAUGCUGCGUUGCAGCCCCAGCACAUAACUAGUGUCGAUAUCGACCUGGUCCUGCCUCCAGGGGCAGUCAUACCCCUGCAGGCCGGCGAGUUAGAAGACGUGUCAGAGGAUGAAGACGACAUUAUAGACCCGACGCUGCGCCAGUAUGGCAUGUAUACAGGCUUGGUCAAGCUGUUCGGCGAACCGAUAUUCCUUCCAACAUCGCGGCUGCGACGGGCGCCGAGCAAGCCAAGCGCACUGAACAGGAGCAAGUCCUUCUCGAAAGAUCAGAAGUUUGAGCUGCGCCGCUUCAUGGCCGAGCUAGUCGAAACUGAGGAGCGCUAUGUUGCUAAGCUGAAUGAGCUUGUAAAGCACAUGGCGGACGAUUACCGUCAGCGAGCGCGAGACAAAUCUAGCGACAGUACGAGCCCGUCAGAAGCGGAUGUGGACAAGCUGUUUCCGAAGUCCUCGGAACAAAUCCUUCAGUUGAACACGGCUUUCAUGCAAGAGCUUCGCAAAGUCGUGGAUGACACUGAGGCAGCCGCCCUUGCAGAUAUGGAAUCAGGCACGACAUCAUCGAGGGUGGCCGGUGCAAGCAAUCCGGCAAGCAAAGGCAAGGACGCAAGUGGAGCCGCGGCAAUUGCGAAAGUCAUGUUGGAGUGGUUUCCGCGCUUCACAGAUUGCUAUCAGAGCUAUAUCCGAGCAAGCCAGAACUUCCCGCAGCUUAUUUCAUCCUUCACUGCCCAACAAUCGAGCUUUUCUGAGCGCGUUGCGGCAACCGGAGAACAGCAGCUCCGCUCGAUAGUUGUUGAACCGGUGCAAAGGCUCCCUCGCUACAGCUUGCUCAUCGACCAGAUCGUGGGCUGCCUCCCGAUCACACAUCCAGCACUUCAGCCAAUGCUCAAGGCGCGAGACAUCAUCGCGAAUAUUUGUUCCAUGGACGACCCUCUAACAGACAAGCCACAAGUGACAAAUCGACUACGCAACAUGAUUCAAAGCUGGGCCGUGGAUCUCGAGCCGAAAGGACGCCUUAUCACCGCCCUGGACUUUUACGAAGUUCCUGCGCCCCACGAGGUUACCGACAGCACGUAUGAGAAUGAAAAAGAUCGCGCAGGCAUCCUGCUCCUCUUCUCAGACAUCAUUGUCAUAUUGAAGAAGCUUACCGAUGCGACCAUGACGGCAAGAGAUCUGCUGAGAGAAAUAGAUAAACCCUCGGCAGAGGGUCUGCUCGUGUCCAUGACCCACGCGGCUGGUGGGCUUGGCUCUUACGAACUCGCGUUUGCCGGAUGGCACAACCUGAACCACGUUCGCUUCACCGAAUCCUCGAACGGCAGUGCGAUAUGGAUGACCUCGAGCCAGGAGAUGCAGGGCGCCCAUGCCAGCCACUUUGUUACCAGCACGGGCAUGACCUCAAGGUUCUUGGUGCUACAGGAGUCGUACGAGGGAAAGGCCUCGAAAUGGUGCGAAGACGUUGUCAAAGCCAGGAUUGAGGCGCGCUUUCCCGAGGCCGAACGUGAGGAUCCCAGGUGGACACUCAGAUCGGUUCGCAUGCCUGAUACAAGCUUCUCGAUGUACGCUGCUGUCUUCCAAGAGGGCAUUGACCAAUUUGUCGAGGGGCGCGGGCAGAUAGCACCCAUCCGGGUCGUCAUCGACAACGAAAGAGGAACUAAGGGCGCCCCUGUUGGCCAUUACGGUGUUGAGAUGUGUUCUGAGGUUAAGACAAUGAUGGACCAGCGAAAGGUGGUUGUCAUCACGGUCGGAUUGUCGGGCAAAAAGUCCACCGACGAGAUUGCGCUGGAGGACUUCCUGCCCACCUUGUCUAGGCGAAUCAUUCAACUCCUCGGCACUCAAUUCCAGGUCUCCAACGCGGCUCUGUGUCCGGCACUAGUCUCAUAUCACACGAAAGUCUUGCGUAGCUUGAGUGUCUCUUCGCGAGCCGAGAAGACAAGAUCAUUCUUGUCAAGUUCGCCCGUCAAAUACCUCUCAAGCUUCUUGGGCGGAAACAGCAGCAGCCUGGACCUCUCCAGUGCGCCAAAGCUUCAACGUGCUGUGACGGAUGAUGCUAGCCUCCUUACAGCCGCCUCCCAACUAAGUCGUCAGAACAGCACACGAGAGGCAAGCUCCCUCUAUGGCUCUGUCAAAAGCAGGGACAAUGUCCGGUUCGGCGCAGAGGACGACCGUCCUGAGAACCCGCUAAUCCGGCUGGAGCAAACAUUCACAGGGUACAUGGCUAGUCUGCAGGCUUGCAAAGGCAACAUCGUUGGCCGCAUGGUCCUCAAUAGGUCCGCCGCGGAUGAGCUACUCGUCAAUGAGAUCUACAACAAGCUGCAGGAGAGCCCCUACGACAUUGAACAUUCUAGCGACGCUGGCCCGGACGUCAUCUUCGCCGCAUUCGACAAGUUUGUUCGAAUAGCCUGGAAGGAGCAAAUGGGGCCGAUCAUCACCCAAAAGGCACUCGAUGCAUUGCAGGUUCGAGCCUCUAAGCAAGUGCCCGGGGAGUUCUCCGACUUUGUUCGGUUUCUUUUCGGCGAGAUGGCCCCUCAGAAUCGGAGGGCCUUUACGGCUCUCAUCAAGCUCCUGGCUGAUCUCCUCGACGGCUGUGGUAAUGACAGCGAUCGCGGCGCACUUACACUCGCCUUUGCUGAGAUUUUGGUGCCCGAUCGCACGGCGGCGAAUUACAUCAACCUCCUUGACAGACUUGUGGACGAUUGCGAUCGGAUUUUCGAAGAUCAUUCUGCCAACCUUGAAGCCCUUCUCGAAAAGCACGGCUUGAACUUUGACACUAUGACCCUGGCACCUCGCGGUGGAAAAUCGCACUCCAGCUCUCUGACUUCGAACACGUCUUCCCUGAGGAAGAAGUUCGGCUUCGACACACUCCUACGCCAUAACAGCAAGAGCGAGUCGGAUGGACGGUCGUCUGUAUGGCGGACACUGAGCAAGCAUGCAAGAAAUCCCACGGCAGGAGACAUCCCAAGUUUGUCGAGAGCAUCUGUCGGCAGGACCCGGUCAGUUGACCAUGGCAUCAUCGCUGGACCGAAUAAGCUCCGUCGGCCUGGGUCCCGUGAUCGUCCGCCAAUUGCCGGUGCGUUUGACGACGCGUUCUCGGCUCUCUCGCGACCGACCAGUUCUCAAAGGCUGGAGACGAUUGGCGAGCCCGAGCAUGAGGGCAAUAGUGCAAAGGCAGCCAGAAGGAAGCGGCGCAGCUCUCUAUCUGACCUUAAGACCCUCAUGGCGGCUGCAACCCUGGGUGAUGACGAACCCCUGCAGCCCCUCACCAACAUGAAACAAACAGCUGAGAGGUUCAAUUCGACCCCCCGGCCGCCGUCCCCAUCAAAGAUCCCCAUCAGCCCCAACUCCUUGCGCUUGAAGGAUGCGCAGGCGGAGUCGACAGUCUCGCCCCGACAAAAAGAGAACUUUGGCGACCUGUUCCGCGCGGAGCCGCCUCCCGCCCGCGAGUCACCGCGCAAGGGUCAUUUCAAGACGCUGUCGACCUCGCAAAUCCCGACUCUCAAGCCCGCCCGAAGCACGACGGGGGACUCCCCGGGCUCCCCGCCUCGCCCUUCAACAAGCCCAAGCCGGCCUACGGCCAGACUCAAGCUCCAGUCUCCACAGAAGCUCCGGGAGCGGCUGCAAGUUGAGAAGAAGGCACUGGAAGACGUCGAUGCCCAACUCCAGAGCGAGCUCUCCAAGAUCAGUGCAGACAUGGCAAAGGUCAAUACCGUGGCAUCAAAAAGCACGACUGUGGACAUUCGAAAGUUGAGCGCGAGUGUGCAGUCUAUGCAGGAGCGGUUCCCGCAAAUGCUCAGCGAGGCGACAGGCCGGCAUACUCGACUGCAGCAAGACAUGGACUUGUUGCUCCACGCUUCAGACUUGAAGGUCAAGGAGAUUGACCAGCUUUUCAAGGAGAGCACGGCGGAAAACGAGCUUCUCUACGAGAAACUGAACAGUGAGCUGGGCAAGAUUGCCCGGCUUCUCAAGAGCAAACAGCGAGAGGACCAAGCCGAGCUCGUCAAGUGCAUGAAGGAGGCAGGCGAAGAGACGUCCCGGGUGAAGAAGGAGAAUGCCAGACUGCGGCGUGAAAUCGCGAGCCUGCGCGCGGCGGCCAAGGCGAGCAAUUUUGGUGGCGACGCCUAG